CAAAACUUUCAAGCACCGACAGCUGUACGACAUGGAACGGAUAUGUACACUUACCACUGGACAUUGCAUAAAAUUCCUAAUUUGAGGGCGACACAGUGAAACUUUAAGCUGUGCUGGGUACUAUUUGGCAAAUGACACCACAAGAUGAUAUGAAUAUCCUGAUAUUUGGCUUGUCCGUUACUAGUUUUCUAUUUGGAAAAUGUGAAAGUUUUCAGUCGGAAAUGUUGGAGAAUGUUCUCAGAAACUGGAGGAAUGCGGACCCGGAAGUUUUCAUGAAUGUGUCGCAGCUGGUGACCAGUAAAGGAUACCCGUGUGAAGAGUACACUGUAGAAACAAAAGAUGGCUACCUACUCGGGGUACAGAGGAUCCCUCAUGGACGGUACAACAAACACUACACCCCAAACAACCAACCACGGCCAAUUGUCUUCCUUCAGCAUGGCCUCCUUGGAGCCAGCUCUAAUUGGGUCACCAAUUUAGCUAAUGAAAGCCUAGGAUUCCAGCUGGCUGAUGCAGGCUUUGAUGUCUGGAUGGGGAACUCCCGUGGAAACACAUAUUCCACCAAACAUGUCAAGUUGUCUCCCUACUGUGAUGAAUUCUGGGCAUUUAGUUUUGAUCAGAUGGCUAAGUAUGACAUUCCAGCCGUGCUUAACCACAUACUGACCAGUACUGGACAUGAGGAUUUGUUUUACAUCGGUCACUCCCAGGGGACGCUGAUCAACUUUGCUAUGUUGUCAGAAAAUCCAGAUCUAUCUAAAAAGAUAAAACUCUUCGUGGCAUUAGGACCAGUUACUGUGCCCGCCCACAUCAUCAGUCCACUCAAGUAUCUAGCCAACGUCCCAGACAAGUUAGCGUAUUUAUUGCUCGGACGGAAGGAUUUUCUCCCAAAUGACUUAAUCAUCAAAAUUCUAGGUGAUACUUUGUGCAGGGAAACUGUGACUAGAGCUGUAUGCUCGGACAUCUUAUUUCUGUGUGCUGGUUAUGAUAUACACAACUUAAACCAGACGAGGUUACCUGUCUACAUCAGUCACACACCUGCGGGGACCUCCAUGCAGGAUAUGAUCCACUUCUCACAGAUGAUCCGAAGUAAGCAGUUCCAGAAGUACGACUAUGGAUCCGUGGCGGCCAACAAACAGCACUAUGGACAGGCCACACCCCCUUGUUAUGACGUAGCCAAAGUGACCGUCCCGGUUGUACUGUACUGGGCCGAGAAGGACUGGUUAGCUGUACCACAGGAUGUAAAGAUUUUACAGUCAAAGUUACCGAAUGUCCGUGGCAGUUACGAAAUCAAAGACUGGAACCACCUUGAUUUCAUCUGGGCUGUUAACGCAUAUAAUGUAUUAUACAAAGACAUCAUCCAGCUACUUCUCAAAAGUAGUGAAGAAGAUGCUUGAGAUGACAGACUGAUGAUUUGUGAGCAGAGUGUUCGACUGAUGGUGUGUGGGUGUAUGGUACUAUGGGAACAGGAACCAUUAGACUGAUGGUGUGUGGGUGUAUGGUAGUAUGGGAACAGGAACCAUUAGACUGAUGGUGUGUGGAACUAUGGGAACAAGAACCAUUAGACUGAUGGUGUGUGGGUGUAUGGAACUAUGGGAACAAGAACCAUUGGACUGAUGGUGUGUGGGUGUAUGGACUACAGGAACAGAAACCAUUAGACUGAUGGUGUGUGGGUGUAUAGAACUACAGGAAUAAGAACCAUUAGACUGAUGGUGUGUGGGUGUAUGGAACUACAGGAACAGAAAUCAUUAGACUGAUGGUGUGUGGGUGUAUGGAACUAUGGGAACAAGAACCAUUAGACUGAUGGUGUGUGGGUGUAUGGAACUACAGGAACAAGAACCAUUAGGCUGAUGGUGUGUGGGUGUGUGGAACUAUGGGAACAGAAACCAUUAGACUGAUGGUGUGUGGGUGUAUGGAACUAUGGGAACAAGAACCAUUGGACUGAUGGUGUGUGGGUGUAUAGAACUACAGGAACAGAAACCAUUAGACUGAUGGUGUGUGGGUGUAUGGAACUAUGGGAACAAGAACCAUUAGACUGAUGGUGUGUGGGUGUAUGGAACUAUGGGAACAAGAACCAUUAGACUGAUGGUGUGUGGGUGUAUGGAACUAUGGGAACAAGAACCAUUAGACUGAUGGUGUGUGGGUGUAUGGAACUACAGGAACAAGAACCAUUAGACUGAUGGUGUGUGGGUGUAUGGAACUACAGGAACAGAAACCAUUAGACUGAUGGUGUGUGGGUGUAUGGAACUACAGGAACAAGAACCAUUAGGCUGAUGGUGUGUGGGUGUAUGGAACUAUGGGAACAAGAACCAUUGGACUGAUGGUGUGUGGGUGUGUGGAACUACAGGAACAAGAACCAUUAGACUGAUGGUGUGUGGGUGUAUGGAACUACAGGAACAAGAACCAUUAGGCUGAUGGUGUGUGGGUGUAUGGAACUAUGGGAACAAGAACCAUUGGACUGAUGGUGUGUGGGUGUGUGGAACUACAGGAACAGAAACCAAUAGACUGAUGGUGUGUGGGUGUAUGGAACUAUGGGAAUAAGAACCAUUGGACUGAUGGUGUGUGGGUGUAUGGAACUACAGGAACAAGAACCAUUAGACUGAUGGUGUGUGGGUGUAUGGACUACAGGAACAGAAACCAUUAGACUGAUGGUGUGUGGGUGUGUGGAACUACAGGAACAAGAACCAUUAGACUGAUGGUGUGUGGGUGUGUGGAACUACAGGAAUAGAACCAUUAGACUGAUGGUGUGUGGGUGUAUGGAACUACAGGAACAGAAACCAUUAGGCUGAUGGUGUGUGGGUGUAUGGAAGUACAGGAACAGAAAUCCUUAGACUGAUGGUGUGUGGGUGUAUAGAACUACAGGAACAGAAACCAUUAGACUGAUGGUGUGUGGGUGUAUGGAAGUAUGGGAACAAGAACCAUUGGACUGAUGGUGUGUGGGUGUAUGGAACUACAGGAACAGAAACCAAUAGACUGAUGGUGUGUGGGUGUGUGGAACUACAGGAACAAGAACCAUUAGGCUGAUGGUGUGUGGGUGUAUGGAAGUAUGGGAAUAAGAACCAUUGGACUGAUGGUGUGUGGGUGUAUGGAACUACAGGAACAAGAACCAUUAGGCUGAUGGUGUGUGGGUGUAUGGAACUAUGGGAACAAGAACCAUUAGGCUGAUGGUGUGUGGGUGUAUGGAACUACAGGAACAAGAACCAUUAGGCUGAUGGUGUGUGGGUGUAUGGAACUACAGGAACAAGAACCAUUGGACUGAUGGUGUGUGGGUGUAUGGAACUACAGGAACAAGAACCAUUGGACUGAUGGUGUGUGGGUGUAUGGAAGUAUGGGAACAAGAACCAUUGGACUGAUGGUGUGUGGGUGUAUGGAACUACAGGAACAGAAACCAAUAGACUGAUGGUGUGUGGGUGUGUGGAACUACAGGAACAAGAACCAUUAGACUGAUGGUGUGUGGGUGUAUGGAGUUACAGGAACAGAAACCAUUAGACUGGUGGUUUGUGGGUGUAUGGAACUACAGAAACAGAAACCAUUAUACUGAUGGUGUGUGGGUGUAUGGAACUAUGGGAACAGAAACCGUUAGACUGAUGGUGUGUGGGUGUAUGGGUAUAUGAAACUGUGGUAACAGGAACAAUGAAGUGUAUGGUUCCUUGUUUGAGGGAGAGUUUGUAUACUUUUGAAUGAUUCUGUUAUAAGUAUGAACACCUGUUUUUAUCCAUCAUUUGUAGAAAGUUUUUGGUAAGAAGCAAAUUUCCAGCACAUUCUUUCCUUACUUAGAAUGAAACCUGCAUUGCUUUCUUUUGUCAAUAACCAUCUGAUCAUUGUAAUUACAUCCGACCUUCCAGGGAAGGGACACAUAUUGCAUAUAUUUUCCUGGCCCAAACUCUUUGACUGUUACAGAUAAUUUGUUUGAAUCCCCUAAAGCAGAUUUGCAGUCCACUGUUGUUAGGUCAUUGUGACCUUUACUUCAAGGUCAAAGGUCAAAUAAGUGCAAUGUUUUCCAAUAUAUCUUGUCCAGACAAUAAUUAUCAAACUGUAAAAGACAUCACUGUGAAAAUUGCUGUAUAUGUUUAUCACCUACUGACAAAGUGCAGUGCCCUGUCAUUGGAUCAAUAUACCGUAACCUUGAUCUCAAGGUCAAAGGUCAAAUAGGUGAAUUUUUCCAAUACUUUCUUGUUAGGCUAUACCUUUUAUACUGCAGCUGUAUAGCCUUUAUCACCCACUCACAAUGUGCAGUACUUUGUCAUUGGAUCAUUGUCACCUUGAGCUGAAGAUCAAAAGUAAAAAAAAGUGCAUUUUGUCCAAACUCGUUAACCAUUGAAGAUAUCUAGUAUUUGAACAGUUAUAAAUAUCUUGAUGAAGUUUGUAACACAUGCAUCAUCCACAGGCAGUAUUGAUUUGCAGCGUAUUAUAACCUAUAACUGGGUCAUUAUAUUGCGACCUUCAUUUUCAGGUAAAAGGUCAAUUGAAUCCAAGAGUCCAAAAAUAUUCAAUGCUUAGUUAGGGAGCUAGACAGGUGUGAUUUUUUUUCCACAAAAAC